AUUUUUUUAUCUCUUGCCCUCCCGAGAGGGAGUGCGUUUUGGACCAUCUCUUUCGGGAACUCUGAAAUCUCCCUCCCUCUCUUCUUUCCUGUUAGGGUUUUGGAUUCUCUCUCUAGGUUUUCUCGGUUAGGUUUUGGAUUGUCUCUCUAGGCUUUCUGUUUUUUUUCCUUUGAGGAGGCAGGGAGAUGGCGUGGUCCAGCGAUCCUCGUUCCGUGAUCGAAUUUGAUGCGGCCUCAACCUCAGCAAGCGACGACUCUUCCUCUUCUGAUUCACCUCGACCUCAAUCAAGAGACCCUUCUUCUAAAGCCAAUAUGGGUUUUGGAGAGCGUUCCUUCUCUGCUGCGGGAGCUGCUGUGCUCUCGGCCAUACUUGUCAAUCCUCUCGAUGUCGCCAAGACAAGGCUGCAAGCCCAGGCGGCAGGUGUUUCCUACAGGUCACCGCCGACAUCACGACAUCAUCACGUCGGAGGGCGGAUAGCAUUUGCUGGUCCAGCCUCGCUUUUUCCAGAAAUGCGAUGCUCACCCUCCUGUCCUCGUGGGGGAAUUCUUGGCGCUGAACUAUUGUGUCCACCUGAAUGUUUUCAGUACAGGGGGACCAUGGAUGUCUUUAACAAAAUUAUAAGACAGGAGGGUAUAGCAAGACUCUGGCGGGGGACAAAUGCUGGUUUAGCCCUAGCUGUUCCCACUGUUGGAAUAUACUUGCCUUGUUAUGACAUAUUCCGUGACUGGAUUGAGGAAUUCACAGACAGGAAUGCUCCUAAACUAACCCCAUAUGCCCCAUUAGUCGCGGGUUCAAUUGCACGUUCACUAGCUUGCAUUGCUUGUUCUCCUAUUGAACUUGCAAGGACCCGAAUGCAGGCAUUUAAAGAGAUCCAUACUGGAACAAAACCUCCGGGGUUGUGGAAAACUCUGCUUGGAGUUUUGUCAUCUGUUGGGAGCUCUGCAAACAUUCAAAACCUACAAGGGUAUCGUGUGUUAUGGACUGGUGUAGGAGCACAACUCGCACGAGAUGUACCCUUCUCGGCAAUCUGUUGGUCAACAUUGGAGCCUAUUAGGAGAAGGUUAUUAGGUCUGGUUGGUGAAGAGGCUAAUGCGGCGAGUAUUCUAGGGGCAAACUUCUCAGCUGGUUUUGUUGCUGGAAGCCUUGCUGCUGCAGCUACCUGCCCACUGGAUGUUGCAAAAACUAGAAGACAGAUAGAGAAAGAUCCAGCCAAAGCAUUAAGAAUGACGACAAGACAAACUUUAAUUGAGGUUUGGAGGGAUGGGGGGAUGAAGGGACUCUUUAUGGGUGCGGGCCCCCGUGUGGGGCGUGCUGGACCAUCUGUUGGAAUCGUAGUCUCCUUUUAUGAGGUUGUCAAGUUUUCUCUGCACAAGAGAGGUCAUUUGGAUAAAUCCUAACAAACAAAAGGCUAGUGUCUCCCUUUGCGUAUAUUUUUUGUUUCCCCAAAGGACAAGGGAAAGAAAAGCAAAAAAAAAAUACGGUUAGUUGAAUGUGUGAUCCAACAUCUUAGAGAAGUGGAAGAAAAUUCAAUCACUUUCACCACUCAUUUAUUUAAAGGCUUGGCGUUUGAAGGCCCUUACAUUGGCAAUUUAUCUGUAACUGCCCUUCUCAGAGGCUUGGAGUAUCUCAGUUUUCGCUUUUCUCAUUCUAUGUCCAGUAGUUUUUGGAAUUGGGAGACAAUCAAUUUUGACAGUGUUUCAAAGGACUCGUGCUUUUUGAUGAUAAUCAUACUCACUGAGAAAGAGAAGUUGGGCGAAGGCUGAAAAGAGGUUCUAUUGAUGUGGUGCUCCACUUUGAAAUGUAAAUAAAUUAUUCAUUUGAGCCUCUCUUUGAGAGGUCUUAAAAUACAUUAUUUUCUUCUCAGGAAAGUAUAUUGUAGAUGUGCAGUCAAGUAAAGCCCAACGUUGAAUCUCGCUGUGUAAUGCGGUUGCAUUGUUGGAAAACCUUUUUAGUCAA